AUGGACAUUCGUACAUGGCUGAAAAAGCCAAACACUACACCGGCAGUGUCCCCGCAGCCUGGCAGCAGCUACAGGAGAACCGGAGAAGCCGAAGAGCACCUGCCGAGGCCAUGGCAGCAGGUGCCGAGGCAAAUGGAGGAGAGUGAUUCUCCCGCCAUUCCCCCGGUGCCAACAGCCUCUGACCCGGGUUCAGCGGUGUUCGGGGCGGCGAGGCCACCAUCGCACUCGCAGCAACAGCUUUGUUUUCCAGAAGACCUCGGAGUUGAAAAGCCAGUUCAAGGCACGCCUGUCCCUCCAAAACGACUGCGGCAGACCACCGGGGCCCUUCAGGACUAUGUGGUGAGUGAAGGCCUUGGGCAGCGCGAAGCAGACAUCCAACAGGAGUGUAAGCGCCUGUUUUUUGCCAUAAUCGACUCGAUUUUGUGUGAAAUGGCUGCGCGUUUCAGCAAGCGCAAUGGGACAUACAUGACUGCUUUGAACGCUUUGGAUCCCCAACUGAUGCGAGAGCGGCAGCAGAUGGCCAGUCGUCCGUUUGCUUCGGUGGCGGUUGCACUGGACUCUUGUGGAGAACAGACAGAACUGCUGCAGCCGGCGAUGGACGUAAGACUCCAUUUUGUUUGUUUGUGGCUCCACGCUGUUCUGUAA